AUGAUGUUAUUGUCCUUGUCGAUAAUAUGUACUGUACUUUUUCCUUUUGUUAUUUACUAUUUGGUACCAAUUUGGAUAAAAUAUACUAAAUUACGACGAGACUAUCGUAAUAUACCAUCUCUUCCUAUUUCACGUAUUCCAUUCGUUGGUAAUAUACAUCAAUUUGAUCAACGACAACAUGUCUUUUCUCGUCUUCUCAUGCAUAUGGCAAGAGAAUGUCAAAAAGAACAACAAAGAACAGGUUUAUUUUGUCUCUGGUAUUCACUUUGGCCGAUGAUUUUUGCAUGUACAGGAGAAACCCUUGCAACAUUUAUUAACAAUAGUAAACAAUUGGUGAAGUCAUUCGAUUAUACCUUUAUGGAGCCUUGGCUAAAGACAGGUCUACUAACCAGUAACAAUGCCAAAUGGCGUACACGUCGUCGUCUCAUAACACCAUCGUUUCAUAAUACUCAACUGUUACAUAAUUUUAUGCUCAUAUUUAAUGAACAAUCAUGCGUAUUUGCUAAACGUCUUGAAGAAUGCAUUCGAAACGGGGAAGAAGUGAAGGCAUACGAUCUCUAUCCAUACAUAUCGACAUGUACACUCGAUAUUAUUGCCGAGGCGGCCAUGGACAAACAUGUUGAAGCUCAAUCGAGCGGUGGAAAAAAUGAAUUCGUCGAAGCAACCGGACGAGUAUGCUGUAUAAUAAAUCAUCGCAUACGAUCUCCAUGGAUGUGGCCGGCAUGGAUCUUCGAUCGAUUGCCGUUGGGUCGUGAACAGGCCGAACAACUUAAAAUCCUUCAUGGAGUCUCUCGCAAAAUUAUUGAAGAUCGUCUCGCUACAUUCAAUGCUGAGAAUAUAACGAGUGAUAGUGGAAAGAAAGUUACUCGUCGUCUUGUCUUUCUUGACAGUCUUCUCGCUCAAAUGAAUUCCGAACAACUUACAUUGGACGAUAUUCAAGAAGAAGUCGAUACAUUCAUGUUCGAAGGACAUGAUACAACAGCAGCCACUAUCAAUUUUACCUGUUAUUUAAUUGGAUCUCAUCCGAAUGUUCAAGCAAAAGUUCAUGCUGAAAUAGAUGCUAUCUUUUCUGGUGACAAAGAGAGACCAUGCACAAUGGAAGAUGCACAAAGUAUGAUCUAUCUCGAUGCUGUCAUAAAAGAAUCUAUGCGUAUUCUUCCACCAGUCCCAUUUGUUAUGCGUGAGGCACAAGAAGAUUUUAUUUGCAAUGGUCAAACGAUUCGAAAGGGUACUACUUUAUAUAUUUUCAUUUAUGGUGUUCAUUAUGACUCAAAUGCUUUUCCUCAACCGGAACGAUUUGAUCCUGAUCGUUUUUAUCAAAGCCCUGUAACGGAUGAGGAACGUUCACCUUAUGCUUUUAUUCCAUUCUCAGCUGGAUCUCGCAACUGUAUUGGUCAACGUUUUGCUCAGCUCGAAGAAAAGGUUAUUUUAUCAACAUUGUUUCGCCGAUAUUCUUUGCAUACCACACAGACUAUCGAUGAACUACAAAUCUCCUUUGAAGCUAUUAUGCGACCUGCAGUUCCAAUUAAAUUCAUUGUUGAACAUCGACAUUUUCAAUGA